GAAACAACGUAGGGGUGACGUAAAAGGGUCGCGCGGACGGUGAUUCCGGAAGAGGCGAGAGUGCGGCGAGAACAUGGGAAAGCAAAAGAAAACGAGGAAGUAUGCGACCAUGAAAAGAAUGCUCAGUCUGAGGGAUGAGAGACUUAAAGAAAAGGAUAGGUUAAAGCCUAAAAAGAAAGAAAAGAAGGAUCCCACUGCACUGAAGGAAAGAGAAGUCCCCCAACAUCCUUCCUGCUUAUUUUUCCAAUAUAAUACACAACUGGGCCCACCUUACCACAUCCUGGUUGAUACCAACUUUAUCAACUUUUCCAUUAAAGCCAAACUGGACUUAGUACAGUCAAUGAUGGACUGUCUGUAUGCCAAGUGUAUCCCUUGUAUAACUGACUGUGUAAUGGCUGAAAUUGAGAAAUUGGGGCAGAAGUAUCGAGUGGCUCUAAGAAUCGCCAAGGAUCCACGAUUUGAACGAUUACCAUGCACACACAAAGGAACCUAUGCAGAUGACUGCUUAGUUCAAAGAGUAACUCAGCACAAGUGUUACAUCGUGGCUACAGUUGACCGUGACCUUAAAAGAAGAAUCCGGAAGAUCCCUGGAGUUCCUAUCAUGUACAUUUCUAAUCAUAGAUACAACAUCGAGCGGAUGCCAGAUGAUUAUGGAGCCCCACGAUUCUAAUUCUUAGGAGACACAGUUCUACCACCUUCCUUGGACCAACUUUCUCCAUUGCCAGUUCAUACCAGUUCAAUAAUCAGCAUGAUUAUUAUUCUCUUCACUCAUUGGCUCUAUUAUGAGCUGAAUAUGGUUAAAUAUACUAACUUUUUAAUGUU